AUGGAAACGCUCAUGACUGACAUAUUGUCAGCUAUCGACAACCCCCAGCCUGAAGACCCCAUCCUGGAAUGUUCUGGGCACGAUAGAGCAAAGCUUCAAUCUUCCCUUCGAGAUGAUCCAGAAGGUGCUCUGGCCCAGGCAGACGCGAAAUUACGAGUUUUUCCAUUCAAGGAUGUCAAACUAUGCUGGCGUCGCCUCUACACAGAUGCAAGUCUUGUGUUGGCCGUACAUUUGAUCAGAAAAAACAUUCAAUCUGGGCAUGCAAGUGGUCGCCGUGAUGAUAGCUCAUCUUGGCUCGCGUCUGUGGUGCGAUACCUGGAUAUGGCAUUAAUAAUGGCCGGUGCACUUUGGCGAGAAGAGAUGAUCGAAUCUUUGUUUUCCGCCUUGAAGGACUGGCGACACACGAACCAGAAGGCUUCAGAACAUUCAUCACACCCUGAUGAAGAACAAGACGAACGCGCUACAAAACGACGCAAAUUGACUGUUCCUUUAUUCCCACCGGGAUCAGCUCCAUUGCCUGAGAUAACAAAACCCAUUCCUCGCGUUUCAGCGCCUUCUUUCUACGCAAUGGAAAACCACAUACAGGAUGUGCGUACACCACUUGUUAUUACUGAUGCGGUCGGUCACUGGCCUGCGCUAAGUGAAAGACCCUGGUCAUCCAAGGACUACUGGUAUGAACAGACGCUGGGAGGGGAACGACUUGUUCCAGUUGAAGUAGGACGCUCCUACACGGAUGAAGGGUGGGGACAGCGGAUUAUUCCUUUCUCUGAAUUUGUCGAUACUUUUCUCUGGAGACUCAAGGAAGGUACAAAGACAUCGACGAACGAUGCAGCCCAGAAAGAUGAAGAUCAGACUGGAUAUAUGGCGCAACAUGAUCUACUGGCUCAAAUCCCGGCUUUACGGAAGGAUAUUAGUGUGCCUGAUUUUUGCUACAUUGAUCCUCCUAAAGCCGAGCCUGGGACGCCUGUGUACAUGAAGAAGAUGCGGGAAAGGCAGGCAGAGAUGACCAGAAAUGAGUCUGACGCUCUAAUGGAUGUUGGCUUUGGAAGCAAUGCCGAUACGGUAUCAGACGGGAAGGUGUCGCAGGAUCUUUCAUCGAGACAGAACCAUGCAGACAAUGCGUCAAAUGACGAAGCAGAGAUAGGCAUAGCCUCUGAUCCGAUCAUAAAUACAUGGAUUGGUCCCUCCUGGACGAUCUCGCCACUACACCACGAUCCCUACCAUAACAUUCUCGUGCAAGUUGUUGGUGCGAAAUAUAUUCGACUCUACUCGCCACAUACCCCAGCGUCACGAAUAUAUCCACGAGGAAUGGAGACUGUCAAUUCUAAAGAUAUUACAUCCACCUCACCUGAUAACAAAGACGACAUCAAUGCAAAUCCAAAUGUAGAAAAGGGCCAGCUCAUCGACAUGUCGAAUACAUCCCAGGUCGAUCUAGCCGCUAUCGAACUGUCGCCUGCCGAAUACGAGCUUUGGGAGUCUACAUGGCCUGGAUUCUUAGAGGCAGAUUAUGUCGAGACCGUUUUGAAGGAGGGCGAAUGUCUGUACAUUCCCGUUGGCUGGUGGCAUUAUGUACGCGGGCUUAAAGCAGGUAUCAGUGUCAGUUUUUGGUGGGGUUAG